CAAACUCUGUAUGCAAAUCGGGGGCUAACGCAUGAGCGCCGCUCCGCCGUCCUCCCGGCAUGAGCGACGCCGACGCGGCCCCGGCGGCCGCCUCCCUGAACCACUGGAACCGCCUGAUCCAGCUCGCCGCCGCGUCGGGCUCCUACGCCGACUGCCUCCGCCUCUACGCGGGCUCCCUCGUCGCCGCGGGCCUCCGCGGCGACGCCUCCACCUUCCCUUCCCUCGCCAAGUCCUGCGCCGCGCUGCGCCUGCCCGGCCUCGGCCGCGCCAUCCACGCCCGCGCCUUCCUCUCGGGCGCCGCCGUCUCCCGCGACGCCUUCGUCCGGACCUCGCUGAUCGACAUGUACGCCAAGUGCGGCCGCCUCCCCGACGCGCGCCGCCUGUUCGACGAAACGCCGCGCUCGAGCAGGACGCUGGUCGCCUGGAACUGCAUGGUCUCGGCGUACGGGAGGAGCUCUCAAGUCGAGGAGGCCGUCGCGGUGUUCAACGCCAUGCGGCGCGCGGAAGUCAGGCCCAGUGGGAGCACGCUCGUCGGCCUUCUGUCGGGGUGCGCGGACUCCGUGUCCGCAAGGAACCUCGGCGUGUGCCUCUACGGGCUUAGCGUCAAAUCAGGGCUUGAUGCAGAUUUGCUUGUCUCGAAUUCGGUGCUCACCAUGCUCGUCCGUGGCAACCAGCUGGGCGCUGCACGAUCACUGUUUGAUCGUGUGGAGAACAAGUCUGUGGUUACUUGGAGUGCAAUGGCAUCGGGUUAUUUGCAAGCAAAGGACUGUAUAGAAGUGUUUGAUCUGUUCAGAGUCAUGAGGGCAGCAGAGCAGAGUAUGGAUUCCGUUUUGCUUGCCAAUCUGACCACGGCUGCUACGCUGUUUGGAAACCUGUUGGUGGCUAAGGCUGUGCAUGCUCUUGUUAUCAAGGGUGGUUUUCAGUGCCAGAAUGAUCUGGCAGCAUCCUUGGUAAAUUUGUAUGCAAAAUGUGGGGAUCCUUUGGCUGCUAAAGAGAUAUUUGAUUCGGUUCACUACAAGAACGCUGUGCUAUGGACAUCAAUGCUAAAUGGGUAUGUUGAAUGUGGUUGUCCAGAUAAGGCCCUGGAAACAUUUGAUGCCAUGCUGUGCGCAAAGGUGGAACCAAACAAAGCAACUUUAUUAGCGGUUCUUUCUGCAUGCGCUAAUUUGGGAUACCCUAAUCUUGGCCUUCAGGUCGAGGAGCAUGUCAUAGCAAUGGGACUGCAGUCAGAUCUUCAAGUUUCUACUGGACUAGUAGAUAUGUACUGCAAGUGUGGGAGCAUUCAGCAUGCUAGAGAAAUAUUUGACAGUGUUUCUAAUAGGGACCUAGCUAUCUGGAGUGCCAUGAUUAAUGGCUAUGCUUGCAAUGGAGAGGGCAGUGAGGCUGUCACCCUUUUCAGUGAGAUGCAAAACAGGGGUGUUCGACCAGAUGCCAUUGUAUUUACUCAUAUUCUAACAGCAUGCAACCAUUGUGGUUUAGUAGAUGAAGGUCUUAACUGCUUUCAUAGCAUCGCAAUGGAAUACAGUAUCAAACCAUCUAUCGAGCAUUAUAUGUGCAUGAUGGAUUUGCUUUGUAAAGCUGGUCAUCUUAGUAGUGCUAUGAAGUUUUUUAAGGAGAUGCCUGUUCAGUUGCGAAACCAGGUUUUGGCUCCUCUAAUUAGUGCACACAGAGCUCAUGGUGUCGAUUCAUCCAUAGAGUUUGUAUCAGAGGAAUUGCUGAAUCUGGACUCCCAAGAUUCUGGCCACUGUAUCCUAAUUUCUAAUAUGCUCAGUUGCUUAGGUGAGUGGAAGAAGGCCAGAAAUUAUAGGAGGAUAAUAAGCAAGCAAGGAUUAGUCAAGAAACCUGGGUGCAGUUACAUUGAGCUGGGUGCCUAACAGAUGCCAAUGGUUCUUUCAGGUUCUCAAUUAAGGUGGGAGGAUUGAUUCUUCUUAUGAACUCAAGUCCAAUCUGUAUUUCUGAUAUUAUAAACUUACAAGUUACAACUAAUGAGAUUUAGUAUGAUGCUGGAAUUUGCAUCCAACCAUUGAUUUGGUGUGACAAAAUGCAAAGAUAGUGCAGAACACCAAUCAGGAGACGAUGCUCUGGAGUGGGGCUUAAUGAGGGUAAUGUUGAAGGGCAUUCCCAAUGUUAGUUGCUGUUGGUUGUGAUCCUUUUAACAGAACACUGCAAAAUAACAUUUCCAUAUCUACCCACAGUUGCAGCAUAUGCAUUUCCUUCUAGGGAAGCUGUGGGGCUGCAGGUGUAUACUGUCCCAUAAUUUAGUCCUGUUGAGCCAAAGCAAGUCACCGUUGUGGAGGUAAAUAUUCUGACAGGUUUCUCAGGCUCUCCAGCUUUUCAGGUCGAUGGUUGCUUCAAGCAUGUGAUGAAGAAAAUGUCAAGGCUUGAUAUACUUUCUCUAGUUUCUUUUCUGUAUCCCUAUGUAAAUACGCAGCAUCAUUGUAUAGCCAAAGGUUUGUUCAUUUAGGAACUGUGAAGAGAUUCAGCGAUGCACUUCUGGAAUGUAGGUUACCAAAAUAUUUUUAAUCU